AUGGAGGCCAUGGGAGUCGAGGUAGCGCUCCAUGGAUCCACUUCGGGAGCUACACCGACUUUACUCGAGGAAUUAGUCCAGGACAAUAGCAACACGCAAGCAUCAGAAAAGCACGAGGAGAAUGAAAAGGGCCACCGGCAAGAGCUAAACGGCGGACGCCUUGCGGCAACAUACGUCAUGGCAGGAAUGGGCAAGCUUCGUUAUAGCUCCGAGGUCGACUACCUCACCACAUCAGCGAGUGGCGACAACUACGAAGCGUUGGAUCUUGCUUUGAUCGAGCGUCUCCGGGAUGCUGCAAUCAAAGAAUUGGACUGCCUCGUGUGCUACAACUUGAUGCUAGAUCCCACGACGACAUCAUGUGGUCACACCUUCUGCCGCCGUUGUCUGUCGCGCGUCAUGGAUCAUAGCAACAUUUGCCCUUUCUGCAGGCGAGGCUUGCACGUCCCUGCUUCGCUGCAGCACCAACCUGGAAACGCCAUCCUCAACUCGCUUCUCAAUGGUCUAUGUCCGGACUUGAUCACGGCGCGAGCUGAGGCGCUGAAAGCCGAAGAGCAAGCAGGAGACAAUAUGUUUAGCAUGCCACUGUUUAUCUGCACGCUUUCGCUUCCCGCUAUGCCAACUUUCCUCCACGUUUUCGAACCCCGUUAUCGAUUAAUGAUGAGGCGCGUGAUCGAAGGCAACAAGCAAUUUGGCAUGGUCAUGUACAACCGGUCGUCAGCUUCGCAAGGCAAUCUCGGCACAGCUCCGUUCCUGGAAUAUGGAACACUGCUUGAGAUUGUCAACUACGAAUUGCUUCGCGAUGGGCGCAGCUUCAUCGAGAGCCGCGGCAUCGGUCGUUUCAAAGUCAGGGAUCACGGCAUGCUAGACGGGUACAACGUCGGCCGUGUAGAGCGCAUCGAAGACGUUUCGUUGGCGGAGGAAGGCGCGGCUGAGCAGCGCGAGACGACCAUGGCGCGCGACUAUGCCGAAGUCUUUUUCCGCGAGCACCCGCAAAGCCCACUACCGACGGACGUAGCUAUCGAAGCCUUGUCCACACAACAGCUGCUUGACAGCUGCACAUCAUUCGUUCGGGAAAUGCGGGAGGCUAGCGCACCAUGGCUUCGGGAACGCAUCAUACAAGUGUAUGGUGAACCUCCAGAGGACCCAGCUUUGUUCCCGUAUUGGUUUGCAUCCGUCGUGCCCAUCGUCGAGGAGGAGAAGUAUGUUCUCUUGCGAACCACGCGUGUCCGCGAGCGCCUAAAGAUUGUGUACUCAUGGAUUGGCAGAAUCCGUGGGCAGCGAUGGUAA